GUUUCUGCAAGCUACAUCUUUAGCACCUGCAUGAGCUUGAAGGACCCCGGGAUCCGUCUCGCUGCGAAGCUAUUCUAAGAAUGGGACAUAGAUAUGCUUGCCGUGCUACCGAUGGCUUGCGAAGGAUAAAAGUACGAGCCGGCAGAGAGUGCCCGCUUGCCGAUCAGCACUCCCUGACGCGGAGGAAGGACUACACUGGUCGGAUAGACGUUUAAAACCAAUGGAAGUUCAAUAACUCUCCUUGCACCGCACGGCGAUUUGCCGGUGGCACUUUCUCAAUAUCCUCCCCUCUGGGCCUUGUUCACGAGCUAUCAUCAACCAUGACCUUGACUGACCUAGAGAUCUGCGCCGAGAACAUUGCCAUCGCCGCCAGAACCCUAGCGACAGAUGGGCACUCUAAUGGGUAUCCAGCUGGGCUCCCUGACCAUCUCCGACCCGUCCAGCGAACGCUGAUUGCCAAUGCCUCGCAAGUAUUAGCCCUCGCCGGUCAGCCCGCCGACCUUGUCCGACAGUUGGCUCUCUAUAAUCAGCUUUUGGCAUGCUUUCGGUGGCUGGGGGAGUUUCAGGUGUUGGCGUGUAUCCCUUUGGAUGAACCCGUACCAUUUGAAGACGUGGCAGACAUUGCAGGAGUCCCUGAAUGUCGGCUACGUCGGCUGGUGCGACCGCUAUUUACAAUAGGCUUUCUUUGUGAGCCUUCACCGGGGCAUGUGGCCCACACUGUAUUGUCGAAACAGUUUGUGACCCAACCAGCCCUGCUGGACGCCAUUCUCUUCAUGUCGGAGACUUUGGCUCCGUCAGCGUCAGCGAUGGGGACCCAAACGCGCAGAUUUGGGACCUCAGAGCAGGCUGAAGAUUCCGCCUGGAAUCUGGCCGUGGGAAGUGACUCUCCUUUUGCCGCAUGUCUUCACCAACGACCCAAGAUUAAGCGGCAGCUGGGUGCCUACCUCUCCUACGUGUCAAGUGCCAUUGAUGCCGCCGUAGAGGAUACGCUCACGCGGAUGAACUGGCAACACUUGGGAAUGGCAACAGUCGUGCAUGUGGGCGCCCAGUCACCCUCACUGGUUGUUGCCCUCGCACCCCAAUUUCCAUCACUCCGUUUCCUCGUGCAGACAGAACCUAAGACAGAGUCUGGCGGUCAUCAGCCAUGUCACGAUAAUCAUGGCAUGUCUGGCUUGAAGCUAGCGAGCGUACCUCUGCAUCUACGCACACGUAUCACUUGGGGCACGCGUCUAUCAACAGCAACACAACCUGUCCUCGACGCGGCCGUGUAUCUCAUCUCCAUUCCGUCCCCAUCCCCACAGUCGCCGGCGAUGGACAUCACCAUGCGAGUCGCCCAGGCGCUAAGGGCUCACGUGGAGGUGUUGCGGAAUAAUUCAGCCGCGCGGCUCAUUCUGACGCUGCCGAUGUCGUCGGCCACAAGGUCGAUGGACGCCGCGGCGCGAGCGGCGGUCAGUCUGAACGAUCUAUCCUUGCUGCAGCUCACCAAUGGGGCGCCCCUCAACAUGGGCGAGAUACGAGAUUUGCUGCGCAGUCGCUCCGACGGGCUCGUGGUGAUGCGGGAGGUUCGAUCUCCCACCAACGCCGUUAUUGCAUUCGAGAUUCAGCACCGUGUGGAUAACGAUGACAACUGAUUUCAAAGUCUAGUGACCUUUCCUGUCACAGCUAUAUUGUCCACACUCUAAAAUACUCGCUUAGUAACAUCAUGACAAUCUAGUAGUAGUGGAGCCAUGCAUGUUCAGAGUCUCCUUGAAGUUAUACAAAUGGAGGAAAGCAGUUCUGCCCAGCUUUAAUCACAGGCGGGAUAGGAUGCUGAUCAAGGCGUUGCAUUACAAGAUGCUUUGAGUUGAAUUCGAUGUGUGAGCAAUCUCUUUUCCUGUUCGGUGACUUGGAGCUCGUUGGCGCGCCUGUUACCACGUUUG